CUCUUUUAAAUUAUUUGGAAGAGACUGAUCCCAGCCUUUGGUCAUACGUUGAUUUUUUGAAACUAAAUCGUACCCUUAUCAUUAAUUCACCACCUUUCAAAGAUCAGUGGAAUACUCUCGAUGGUACAUGGAACAAGCGAUUUGUACAAGCAGGAAAAGAGCUAUUAGACUUAACGUUAGGGGAAGUUUUUGAGAGUAAGGUGAACCUGGAGCGUGCCAAAUCCAACCUGUACUCCUUUUGGCAAGAAGUAAUCACUGAGCGACUACGGCACCAAGUUCAAAUCACUUACGAGAAGGAAACCCUUCUUACGUUUGAUGAAUCAGGUAAAUUCUUUGGAAAGCAACUGCGCCUACCAUACAAUAAGGAGGCAACCUCUUCGGAUGAUAAACGUGCUUUUGAUAGCACUUUAGAUUCAGAUUUAAUUCCCCUGUGGGGGCAAAGAAGUAAAGGAGAUGUGAAUGUCGAGGAAGCUAACAACGACGAUGCUAUAAAAAUGACUUCAACUGCGUAUCAACAAUUUACGAAUAAAUAUCAAAAAAUUCCAAAAGAAGAUAAAUGGACUUUGUCAACCGGAAAAAUUGUUGAAGAUGCAUUAUACGUGUUUGGAACGAAAUGCUUACACGAACAUCUCUGUCAUUCUUUUUUAAUCGACUCGGACGACAAGAACUAUAUACAGCAAGGCAUCUUCACACGUGAAGAAUUAGAAGAAAUUAAAAAUUUUAACAAGAAAGAAUUACCAUUAAUGCCGGAUGAUCUUUUAAAGUAUCUUAAUAAUUUCCGAAAGUCCAAUACUUCUGACCUGCGAGAAUUGAUCUUUCGCUCUGAUUUACGUGAUCAACCAUUCGAUCAGUCAAAAAAUUUCGAUUAUGACUGGAUACGCAAUACUAUAUAUAAUCUCGUGCUUGAAUAUGAGGCGAAUCAUCUCGCAAAGGAUCACCUUGAAACAUGGAUCAUGCUACAUGUGUGGUCGUUUAUUGAUAAAACUUUCUUAGACAUAGAGGGCAUGGAAAUUGUUAGGUAG